GUCAUAAAUGAAAAUGAGACCUCUCUCUCCCUGCCCUUGAGGUUAAAGCAACCCGCCCACACUCCUUUUCAAACCAAACCCAAUCCGCUCAACUCUCACAUGUCAGAUCCACUCCAUUCAAAGAGAGAGACAGCAUUUGGUCCUCGACCUCGUUUCUCAAAUUUACUUUUGGAUUGAAGUGCAUUUUGCUCAAAGGUAUAAUAAUGUGAUCAUUUGAAUCGAUCGUAGCUGGAAAAUACUAGCACAAUGGAUCAAAAGUCAUGGCUUUGGAAGAAAAAAUCUACUGAGAAGACUUUAGUUGCUGAUAAAGCAGGCAACUCUUUGGGCAAAAACGAAGAAGAAUUAACUGAGGUGCAGAAACUUACGAAUGAGAAGACAUGUCUUGAAAAAGAUAUCCAGAUAUUGAAUGAAAGGCUUUCAUCUUCCCACUCUGAUUGUAUUGCCAAGGAUAAUAUAGUGAAGAAACAGGUCAAAAUUGCAGAGGAGGCUAUUUUAGGCUGGGAGAAGGCAGAGACGGAAGCUAUAGGUUUAAAACAAGAACUUGAUAGAGUGUUACAGCAGAAAGCUUCUUCUGAAGAAAGAGUGCACCAUUUGGACGCAGCACUGAAGGAGUGUAUGCAUCAACUGCGAUUUGUUCGGGAAGAGCAGGAGAGAAGAGUUCAUGGUGCAUUGACAAAAUCAUCCGAGGAUUUUGAAAAGAUACAGAUUGCUCUACGUGAACAGAUAGUGGAGGCAAGUGAAAAACUUGCCAAACUAGAUGCUGAAAAUGCACAGCUAAGUAAUGCUUUAUCAGAGAAGGACAAGGUGAUUGAAGACUUGGGAAAAUACAGUACUCGAUUAGAGGCCGACUUAAAUGCCGUUUUGUUAAGAUCAGAAACCACUGGAAAAGAAAAUGCCUCUCUGAAGUAUGAGGUUCAUGUUUUGGAAAAGGAGCUUGACAUUCGUAAUGAGGAGAGAGAAUUCAAUCGACGAAUAGCUGAUGUUGCUCAAAAGCAUCAGCAUGAAAGUGCUAUAAAGAUUGCAAAAUUGGAAUCAGAAUGUCAAGGGCUGCGUCUGCUUAUUCAAAAGAGGUUGCCUGGACCGGCAAGUUUGGCAAAAAUGAGGAAUGAAGUCAAAUCACUUGCUAAGGACCAUGCUGAAAUGAACCAAAGAAAGUCGAAUCUUUCUCUUACUAGUUCAGCGGAAUUAUCCUCUGAAAUGAUUCCUGAGGUUUCAAGUGAGAGAAUAAAUCUGUUGACUGAGCAAUUGUAUACCAUGGUAGAAGAGAACAAGGCUCUUAAAGAAGCCCUUAACAAGAGAUCGAGUGAGCUUCAAAUUUCUCGGAACACGUAUGCUCGUACAUCUUCCAAAUUUUCACGAGCUGCAGGACUUAUUAGAGAACCACUUAAAGGCCAAGUACCUGCAGAACAAGGUAAAUACCCAUUUUUCGUGCAAGAGCACUCACUAGCUGCUUCAUCUGAGGUGGGCAGUUAUGACAAAUCUAGUUGUGCUGAAUCCUGCUCUUCUACUAUGAUAUUGGAUCUCGAGGAUUUAAAAAAUGAGAAACAAUUAAGUACACCAUCUCAUAGCCAUAUGGCGACUUCAGACAUGAAUCUCAUGGAUGACUUUGCUGAGAUGGAAAAGUUGGCAGUACUUUCACUCGAUGAUCCAGCUGGAAGUCCCAAAAGUUCCUCUGAACUAAGUAGAGCAGUUCAUGGUAGUCCUGGAAUUCCAUCCGGUGCUAUCUUUUCAUCUGAACUCGCCGGGGGCUGUGCGCCAAUAUGUGAUAUCCCAUCAGAACAUGUUAGCCCAAAGAAGGAAACUCGUUCCGGGUGUGUAGCAGGAAAUGGAACUCCUGAAAAGGUUGGUGACCUGGUGAAGAUGCUUUUGGAGCAUAACCAUUCAUCUCAACGAAAUCCUCAAGAAUUACUAGAAGAGAUUAAAUCUGCUUUGGCCCACUAUAGUUUAGACUCUACUGUUUUUUGCGGCAGUGCAAAUGCUCAUCAUGCUGAGGCGUUAUACAAUGGAAGAGGCGAUAAUGUUCAGGAAAAUGAAAUUUCAAGUAUGGAGAAUGGAAAUAAUAUAACUCUAUCUGCCAAAGAGGAGAGUGGGCAGAAAGUUGGGCCAAAUAUCAGCAUACCAAUACGUAAAAUUCUUGAGCUACUUGAAGGAAUAAAUAUACACUCUCAAGAUAAUGGUACAGAUAAGAAUUCAGGGAACCCAACAGGAUACACAGUUCGAAUGUUUCAGUGGAAAACUGAUGAGUUUUCUGCCAUUCUGCAGCAGUUUGUUGAAACAUGCAACGAUUUUUUGAUUGGAACUGCGAAUCUCGAACAGUUUGUCCUCCAGAUAGCUUCUAGUUUGGAGUGGAUCAUGAGCCACUGCUUUUCCCUUCAGGACGUUUCAAGCAUGAAGGACGCUAUCAGGAAUCAUUUAGAUUGGGAUGAUUCAGGAAGUGAGAGUGAGGAAGAAACCGAAGCAGUUGGCCUCAUGCCUAACAGUACUAAUAAAAUGGAGGCGCUUGAGCUUCCUUUCAAGGAAGAGGUUAAAAUAUGGAAUGUUGACUGGACAAAUAAGGGAUCAGCAGAGGCCACAGGUUCAGAAGGCUGUCUUCACUCAGAAACCUCCAUGCGUGAGUGCCUCGUUAUUCAACCUCAAGAAUCUGAAAAUGGGAAUACGAAUCUUCACACUGAAAUGGAAGGUAAAGAGCAAUCGGAGGGGAUAUUUGGGAAGGAAAAGAUGAUAAAAGAAGACCUUGAGGCCCAACUUAUGGAAAGUAAUCAACAACGAGUAAAAGCCUGCGAAAGGAUUUCACUUCUGGAAAAUGAGCUGAAAAAUAAAAACAACUGUUAUAAGGGACUGGAAGAAACAUGCCAUGAGUUGCAGAUACAGCUAAAAAGUAUGACAAGCAAGGAAGUUUCAGAUGGCGGAAAACACCAGGAGAAGCAACUCUCACAUGAUUGGGAGAUCACUGCAGCUUCAGAAAAAUUAGCUGAGUGCCAAGAAACAAUCCUAAAUCUCGGGAAGCAAUUGAAGGCAUUGGCUUCACCUAGUAAUGCAGCUCUUUUGGAUAAGGUCAUAUCUGCACCUGCUGGCUCUCCUGUUGCUGCGAAAAAUAUCUGCCGGCAAUCAUCCCUACUCAACAAAAUGCUGGCUGAGGACAAUGAUACUCGCGGUGCUUCUCCCUCUCCCAAUACUAAAAAUGAGAAGCGCAAUGGAAUUGUAAACUCCGGUCUAAGUACCAAUAAGGCCACAGAGUUUUCGGCCAAGUAUGCUAAUCCAAAUGGGAUGAAUCACGAACAAAAGACUAAAACUGCUGUUGCUCCAAUGGACAUUGUCCCUCGUAAGAAACAUGGUGGCAUGAGUUUCUUCAAGAGGUUAUUUUGGCGACGUAAGAAAGGUAAAAACAGUAACAACCAUAUCUCAUAAGCUGCAGUGAUUCCGUGAAGCCUAUAUCUGAUUUUUCUGUUCCAUGAUGCACUUCAUACAUGCCUGUUUUGUCUUCUUCGUUUGAUUCUCGGCCGGUGAGUUUGUAUGUCUCUCGUGUUGAAAAUGCUGACAAAUGUUUUGUGCCUUUUUUGUAAA